GCAGUUGUAGAACAUUCGUUGAAUUACCGGAAAGUGCAGAGGGAGAUUUUGUGACCUUGUUCGUCGUUCCAAUUGAAAUCGUGGUGUUGUCUUCAGUCCUCAAACGACGAUGUCAUCUCUGUAUAGAGGGGAUUCUAGGAGGUACAACAAUAAACCAAAAGGACGCCAUCAUUUGACGCAGCAGAAGAAGCAAGAGAUUAGGGAAGCUUUUGAAUUAUUCGACACCGAUGGCUCAGGUACUAUUGAUGCCAAGGAGCUGAAUGUUGCCAUGAGGGCUCUUGGCUUUGAGAUGACAGAAGAGCAAAUCAAUCAAAUGAUAGCGGAUGUGGACAAGGAUGGCAGUGGAGCAAUUGAUUAUGAUGAAUUUGAGUACAUGAUGACUGCCAAAAUAGGAGAAAGGGACACUAAGGAGGAGCUCAUGAAAGCUUUCCAUAUUAUUGAUCAAGAUAAAAACGGAAAGAUAUCUGUAGCAGACAUCAAGCGCAUUGCAAAAGAGCUAGGUCAAAAUUUCACAGAAAGAGAGAUCCAGGAGAUGGUUGAUGAAGCAGACCAAGAUAAUGAUCGGGAGGUUAGUCCAGAGGAGUUUAUCAGGAUGAUGAACAGAACUAGCUUCAGUUACUAGUAAUAUUUACUUGGGGUAGUUAACAAUCUUUUGUUUGGCUGGACUACUAGUACAGGGAAAAAAUGAAGUUGUACUCGCUAUUGUGCAAAUUUAAUGAAUGACCCCAAUGCUAAUAUUCUGUAUUGCAUAUGAAUAACAUUGACGUGUGGCCAAAUUUCGGUGUUCCGACUCAUUUUUCACAU